AUGUUACCAAUAAGAAUCAGCACUACUAGUGCAAGCAACAUCAUAAAAAGAAGCUACACUUCAAGAGCUGAGCUUGACAAGAUUAUCAGAGUUGAUCAUGCUGGCGAAUUGGGUGCAGAUCGAAUUUACGCCGGUCAAAUGGCAAUCCUAGGCAGUGGCCCAAAUGGACCACUAAUUAAACACAUGUGGGAGCAAGAAAAAGAGCAUCGGGCUAAGUUUGAGGAACUUAUCAGGAAGUAUCGUGUUCGGCCAACUGUCAUGACACCCAUCUGGAAUGUUGCUGGGUUUGUUUUGGGAGCUGGGAGUGCUUUAUUGGGUGAGAAAGCAGCAAUGGCAUGUACAGUGGCAGUGGAAACUGUGAUUGUAGAGCACUACAAUGAUCAACUGCGAACGCUAAUGGAUGACCCGAAGGCGAACAAAGAACUAUUAGAAACCAUAACAAAGUUUAGAGAUGAAGAACAAGAACAUCAUGAUCAUGGAAUUGAUCAUGGAGCUGAACAAGCACCAUUUUACAAAGCUUAUUCAGAACUUAUUAAAGCUGGGUGUAAAGCAGCCAUUGCCAUAUCUAAAGUUGUAUAGAUUAAUUCCCAAACAAGUCUUUAUAUGUAUAUAUUAACUAAAUAAAUAUAAAAAGUAAAA